GUACGAAAGGAAUGUCAAGAGUCAAAUUGCGGCGUCGCCUAAGGCGGAACUUGUGUUCUUCCAGUCUGCUGAUGAAGCAUGUUUCUCGGAGUCGCAAGACUAAAGAUGAGCUUCGUUGUUUGCACGCAACGUUUGUGUCUGUCGUUGGUGCACAUCUGACCAUCAUGACUGUUGCCAUUCUCUUCAAUUCUACUUUGCAUCUCUGAGCGUUUAUCGCCGUAAGGAGUAUGAUGUUGUUGUGGA